AUGAGCAACAGACCGCAACCCUCUUCCUCUACGGGCGGCAACAAGGCUCCAUCAUCAUCGGGUGGUAGUCAAAAGCAACAACCACAGAAUCCUCAAACAAGAGGAGGAGGAGGAAAUCAGCAGCAAGCUGGCAAGAAUGAUCCGUCUUCUUCCGGACAACAACAGCAAAAGAAGAAUACCAAUCCUUCUACUCCUUCUGCAAACAAGGGUGCUACUACCACCACUACUACGAGUGGCAACAAGAGUAGCAACGAAACAACGAACGUGAAAGGUGGCAUCACCACUUCUUGGUCCUCUCCAAACCAGAUAUCAGAACAAAAGAAGACCAACCAAGCACCUACAACCACGACAACCAAUUCACCCAAUACACAACAAUCCAUCGAUGAAGAUGCCGAAGGUUACAGGCAAAUGGAGAGUGGUGUAGUGAUGGAUGAACCUUCCAUUCAAUUAGUCGUAAAUUCCAAGUCGGGAGGUAUUCGUAAUUAUUCUAUUCAUUAUCAGGAACAAUCCACUACUUCAUCUACUGAUAAGAUUGAACUAAUUCCCUCCGAAGAGGUUCCACAGUUGAGCACUCAACCUUCAGAUCUCUUGAUGUACUCUGAAGACGGAACCUAUUUGGCUUACCUUGAUAAGAUUGAUCCAUUCUCACCUAACAAAGUUUCCAGACUCUUUGUCAUGGAUUCAUUCUCUGGUGUCAAGAGAUACAUUCUUGUUCAACAAAAAGAAAUUGCCAUCACAAAAGUUCAUUUUUCACCUCGAAAUAGUUAUUUAAUAACUUUGGGAAAGUGGAAUGGAGAUGCCACAGGGCAAGAUGACAAUAUUUUGAAUUACAAUUUGAGAGUUUGGAAUUUAAAACCAUCCACUAGCAGCACACAAGGUGGACUUUCCUUGAAUUUGUCUACAACCCCCAUUGAAUUGAAUGAGAGUGAACACUUGCUAAUGAAAUUUUCACACAAGCCAACCGAAAGUGGAUUAUGGCCAGUGAUUCAAUGGAACGAAGAUGAAACUCUAAUGGCCUAUUUCAAUCCUUCUCAAGAGACUGUCAGUUUUUACAAUGUUGAAGAAGCAUUGAAUGAACAAACAGGACAAAAACAAAUAUCGUUCCAACCUCGAAGCGAUAUUGUCAUUCAAAGGAAAGUGCAUGCUUUUGCACUUUCUCCAAAGAGUACAUUUGCAAUUUACACACACAACACUAACAAGUCAACUGAGCAAAAUAGUGUACGGCUGUACAAAUUGUCCAAUGUCAAACGUCCAGCAGCAACCAAACACUUUUCACAUGAUGUUGACUCUGUAGAAAUGCGUUGGAAUAAGAUUGGUACCGCUCUACUCGUUUAUACAGCAACAAACACUGAUCAAAGUGAUAAGAGUUAUUAUGGUGAAAACAAGCUGUACUAUGUGAGAUCAAAUGGUAAUCUUUCUAAGGAUAUUCAGCUAGAGGAGGAAGGCCCAGUUCAUGAUUUACAAUGGUCUCCAAGAGGAAAUGAAUUCGUUGCCAUCUAUGGUUAUUCUGGUCCAAACAUUAGAGCUACAUUGUUCGAUGCCCAAUCUCAACCAAUUUUUGAAUUCUUGCAACAACCUGAAAACACCACCAACUGGAAAGUGAACAAAAUUUUCUAUGCUCCACAUGGAAGAUUCCUUGUGUUAGCUGGAUUUGGAGGUUUCACUGGUACACUGCUCUUCUUUGACAGAGAGAGAAAACGUUUGAUGGGAAUCAAUCAGGCUGCAGAGCCCACUUUUGCUCAUUGGUCCCCAGACUCUCGACUCUUCAUUGUUGGCACCCAUUACCCCAAAUUACGUGUUGCCAAUAAGUUCCAAAUUUACAAGUACAAUGGUCAAUUAAUGUACCAGCUCACGUUACCUCAAGAUGAUUUCCUUUAUCAUGCCAUAUUCCGUCCUUUAUUAGCAAGCAGAUAUAAGAAUCGUCCUCCCUCACCUCGUGUCCUUAAUCAAGGUGUGGUCAAUGGAACCUCUACUGCGUCAGCCAACAAGUCCUCUCAACAAUUCCACUCUCAAUCUUCCAACGCUAGUACUGCUAAAGUUUCUGCCUAUGUUCCUCCACACCUGAGAGGAAAAACUGCUGAUGUUCCUCAUGGACCUCCUCCAGGAAGUAAUUUCAACCCAUCAUCAUCAAAACCCUCUGCCUCAGGAGGAGCCCCAGUGAAAACCGUUGUGGCUAACAUAUUUGCAGGAAAAUCAGAGGCCAAUCAACCACAAGGUAAAAACACUCCACCUCCACCAAAUUACGAAAUGGCCGAAAAGAAGAAGAAGAAGAGAAUUAGAAAGCGAAAGAAGAAGAAGGGUGCCAACGAAGGAGAAGCAGGUUCAUCCAAUGCACAAGGAGGUGAUGAUCAUGAGGAAGAAGAUGGAGACGAAGAGGAAGCAGACGAAUAA